UUUCAGGUAUAUUUAUUGUUUGAAGUUGAUAAUUUGGAAUAUGCAAGUCCUUCAAUAGUUUCUCAAUGUGGUAUUGUUUAUACUGAAUGUAAUAAUGUCAGCUGGAGAACCUAUGUAAAUUCAUGGCUUGAACAAUAUGAGAAUAAUGAAAUAAUUAAUGAACUAAAUCAAAUGUUUGAAAGUUUUUUAUUGACUAUUUUAAAUUUUAAAAAAGAACAUUGCAAAGAAUUAGUGCCAAUUACUGAAUUAAAUGGAGUUAUUUCACUGUGUAAAUUACUUGAUUGUUUAAUUUCAAAAUAUAUGGAGAGAAAUAUUUCAAAUAAUCCACCUGCUUUACUUUUAAAACUGUUGUUCUUUUUUUCUGUAACUUGGUCAAUUUGUGCCUCUGUAGAUGACUUUGGACGUAAUAAAAUAGAUAAUUUAAUUAGACAACUUGAGAGUUCAUAUCCUACUGAAAAUACAGUAUAUGAUUAUUAUGUUGAUACUCUUAACAUUGUAUGGAUAUCUUGGUCUGAAAAAUUACAACAAAACUGGAAAUAUGAUUCUAGUAUACCUUUUUAUAAAAUGAUGGUACCAACAAGUGAUACAGUACGAUAUAGUUACUUAAUAACAAUGAUGUUACAGAAACAAUAUCCCAUACUUUUAGUUGGGCCAAGUGGUCAUGGUAAAACUUUAAUUAUAAAUCAUGUUAUUAACAACCUUGAUAUUACAAAAUACAGUAAACUCAUAGUUAAUUUUUCAUCUCAGAUAAAACUUUGUCGAAUUCAAAGAAUUAUUGAAAGUAAAGUAGAAAAAAAAAUGAAAGAAGUUUACAUUCCUCAAAAUGGAACAAAAAUGGUUGUUUUUAUUGAUGAUUUAAAUAUUCCUUCAAAUGAUAAAUUUGGAUCUCAACCUUCAUUAGAACUUAUACGAAUGCUUAUUACAUAUGGCUUUUGGCAUGAUUGUGAAAAUUUUCAGAAAAAAUGUAUAGAGGAUUUGGUAAUUAUUGCUGCUAUGAAUCCGUGUGUUGCAGGAAAAGCUAUCAUUUCAGCUCGACUUCAAAAUCUUUUUCUUCUUAUUAACACUACACAUAUACAAAAAAAUGAAUUACUCGAUUUCUUUUUUUAUAUAUAA